AUGAAUGGCUUUGUUGAAAGGGAUGGGGAGAAAUUUCUAUGGAUAGCAAAGAGAAGUGAAGCGAAACCCACUUAUCCAGGGAUGCUUGAUCAUCUUGUUGCUGGAGGAAAUCCACAUGGGAUCUCUUGUGGAGAGAAUAUCAUAAAGGAAUGUGAAGAGGAAGCAGGAAUACCUCUAUCUAUUUCCCAUAAAGCCAUACCAGUCGGUGCUGUUUCUUACAUGGAUAUUGAAGGUUAUAGAUAUAAGAGAGAUGUUCUAUUUUGCUAUGAUCUAAAACUUCCUGAAAGUUUUAUACCAAAGAAUCAAGAUGGAGAAGUGGAGAGUUUCAAUUUAAUGCCUGUGAAAUAUGUCGGUAAUGUUGUACGGAGGACACAUUUUUACAAGCCGAAUUGCUCUCUUGUCAUCAUCGAUUUCCUAUUUCGGCAUGGGUACAUUACUCCCGAAUGCUCUGGGUACUUGGAUCUACUACAAAGUUUGAGGAGUGGAGAUUGCUCCUAGAAAUAUCAGAUUGGAAUCACUUUGGAUGAGUCACAUUUUCUAAUUGCAAUACACCCCUUUGUCUGAAAUUUUUUGUAUGACUAGCAAAACAUGCCAUUCUGGCAUCACAUGAAUGCUGAGGAUGCCUACAUUAGACACUUGAUAUACAUGUCACAUAUCCCAUCGCUUCUUCAAAGUAUAAUCACAAUGAGAGACAUUUGCCUUCAGGCUUUAGCUUUAUCUA